CAUUGUUUUAGUAUUAUCUUCUAUCUACGGACACACAUAAUAAAACCCUAAAAGGUUCCGACUUCCCAAUCCACAAAUCUCCUCCCACUUGUUUCCUUUUUCUUUUUACUUUUGUUGUAACGAUUUUCCAUAAAACAACUUUGGAUUAAAGAAAUGAUUUAUGUAAAGAAUCGUUUUAUUUCUCAAAUAAGAAUGUUUGUUUUUUCAAGUUUAAAACAACAACCAGAAGAAGAAGAAGAGUAGAAGAAACCCUAACCCCUAAAAUUUUAUACUUACAAACAAAAAUCAUUAGAAAUCUGUGCUUUUUAAUGGGGGAUUUGAGAAAAGAGGAAACAAUGGUUGUAGGAGGAGGAGGAGAAGGAGAGAAUGGAGAAAAAGAUGAGAAAUUUUUGGAUGGAAUGGCUGUUAUGGAUUUUGAUAUGCUUUGUGCAACUGUAGCUUUACAAACAGAAGGGGGAUUUUAUUCUUCUAAGGGUAAUAAUUGGGGGAAACUGAAUAAUGAUGACGAUGGUGAUGAUAUUGAUGGAGGUGAAUUUAGUGGAGGAGUUCAAAGGAUGUGGGAAGGUGAUGUUUUUGAUUGCUUAGAAGAUCGUCGAAUUGCUCUUCAAACGGCUUGUUGCCCAUGUUACAGAUUUGGUAAGAACAUGGGAAGAGCUGGACUUGGUCAUUGUUUUAUUCAGGGGACUGUAUAUUUCAUUCUUGUUAUUACCACUCUUUUCAGCUACAUUACUUUUACUAUCACUCGGCGACACCUGUUUCUGUAUUUAGCACUUGCUUUCACCGUUUCGGCUGGAACCUACUUUGGCUAUUGCCGGAGACAAAUUCGGAAGCAAUUUAAUAUCAGGGGUAGUGAUAGUUCUUUGGAUGAUUGUCUCUAUCAUCUAACCUUCCCCUGUUGUACCUUAUGCCAGGAGUCAAGAACAUUGGAGAUCAAUAAUGUUCAAAAUGGCAUCUGGCGAGGUCGAGGAGACACCUUCUGCGUAGGAAGUCAAGGGAGCAACGCAUUCCUCGAGUUACACCGGCCUUCGUUGGUACAAACCAAAUUCCCUGAUCAUUGCAGCAUGCAAAGAGCUUCAACAGAUGCAGAUCACUCAUGGAGUAUAGGAGUCCCUCAUGCAGAGCCUUUGGUUCCACCGACCCAAUUGUAGUAACAUAUGUUUCUUUCCCUUUUAGGGGACAUAAGAUAGUGCUUGUAUAUAUAAUUUUAUU